AUGAGUAAUGAACAAAAAUCAUCAUCGAAAACACUUUUUCUUAUUCGACAUGGUCAAUCUCUUGCUAAUCGAGAUUAUGAUGAAUCAUCUGCUUAUCGAGAUGCUGGCUUAACUGAACAAGGUAUUGCUCAAGCAAGAGCAUUACAAAAAGAACUUGAUGCAUUACAACUUGAUCUUGUUGUUGUUAGUCCAUUAACACGAGCACUUCAAACAUGUCAAAAUGCUUUACCACCUUCGUAUUCUGGACCGAUUCUUGUUUUAUCUGAAAUCGCCGAGAUUUGUUCGUCUUAUUAUAGUUGUGGUCAAAAACGAAAUGUCAUACAACCAAAAUUUCCUGAUACAUUUGAUUGGACUAAUAUUCCAAUGGAUGGAAUUUGGUGGUGGCAAUAUGAUCAGAAACGUCAAAGUGAAACGGAUGGAUAUACAAGGGAACGUAUGCAAAAAUUUCGUAAUUUCAUUCAAGAACGACCAGAACAACGUAUCGCAGUUUUUGCACACGGUGAUUAUUUAUAUGAAUUUCAAGAAGGCAAAAGAUCAUAUCCAGCUAAUUGUCAAGUGACUGCAUAUAAAAUUUAA